AUAAUUCCUACACACUCACAUCCUGGUGGAAUCACUGUAGCAAUCAGGAUUAUCCCAUUGAUUGCUGACUUACAAGCCAUCCGGAAGGUAGCUGGCUUUCUAUCCCAUGCUGCAGGUUUAUUCUGCUCUUUUUGUAACUGUCAUAGAGAUGAUAUAGAAGACCUUGACUAUAACUCCUGGCAAAUGCGUGAUGGGGCAACUGUCCAUGCUCAAGCAGCUGAAUGGAAAAAUCUUGUUACUGUUACAGCCAAAGAAACACUUGCAAGACAAACUGGGGUUCGGUGGACUCCUAUGCAUGAUUUUUCAUACUGGAACCCUACU